AUGGCGUUCGGUCGGAUCACGACGGACGACGUCGCGCUCAACUCGGGGCGGAAAAAGAAGAAGGAAUCCAAGGAAGCGCUUUUGCGUAAAGUGCAAGCGCGCCAGAAGGCGAUCGACGACGCCGGUGGCGAGGAAGGCGGUGGUAAGGCGGUCGCGGAGAAAUUUGCGUGGGAGGCGGCGCUUUCGCGCGCGUCGGGUGAAAAGGUUUUAGACGACCCAAAACUCUUGCAAAAGAGCAUCAAACGCGAGGCCAGGGCGAAGAAGAAGAGCCGCGAGAAGUGGGAAGAACGCACGGCUAAGGUUAAAGAACAAAUGGACGCGGCACAAACGAAACGCAAGAGCAACAUCAAGGCUCGCAAGGACGGAAAGAUGGAGCGAAAGAUGGACAAGGCGUCGAACAAACGCAACCGUCCGGGGUUCGAGGGUCGAAGCGACGGCUUCAUCAACAAGUAG